UUGUAUUUCUAUAAUCGUCAAAAUCUUUUUGCAGUAUUUGUGUAAAAAAAUAUCAAAUUUAGAUUAUCUUAUAUAAGAAUCACUGCAAACUCAUGAUUGCUCAUGAGAUUAUAACUGCAGGCUGUAGAAUGGACCUCAGUGAGUUAGAAAACGUUCUGGCAGGAACCCUGUCACCAGAUCAGAAUAUCCGCAAAUCCGCUGAACUGCAUCUCAAGAAGAUAGAACAAGUUCCGACGUUUUGUGUGACUCUGCUGAAGUUGAUGCUUACUGAGAGUGCACAGCCGCAGGCUGUUCAAGCAGCUGCGAUAAACUUCAAAAAUAUCGUAUCCAAGCACUGGAAGGUACGUGAGGACUGUUUCACUAUCAGUGAUGUUGAUAAGAAUAUGAUACGACAAAACUUUCUGGAAUGUGUUGUCAAGUCUAAUGAUAUGAUCAGAAAACAGUUGUGUGUAUGCGCUCAGACGAUUGCGCGUGAGGACUACCCGUUCAACUGGCCGGGUAUCAUGGACCAGAUAGUUCAGACUUUGUCUGCUGACAGUGCUGCUAGCGCGUGGCUCGCUUCGCUCCUUGUUCUUCAUCAGAUCGUUAAAAAGUACGAAUACAAAAAGCUUGAAGAUCGAGACGGGCUUAACAAAGCAAUGACAGUCGUGUUACCAGUGUUGUUUGAAAGGUUGGCGCAAUUACACACGGACGAUUCAGAACUAAGUGUAACAAGCCAAAAAAUGAUACUGAAGAUUAUCUUCUGUCUCAUCCAAUUUCGAAUGCCGGCGGAGUUGUUCCCGGAACCAGUGUUUGGCAGACUGAUCCAGAACUUGCAGGCUAUAAUGUCCAGACCUGUUCCUAAAGAAGUGACAGAUAUCCAUGAUAAGGAUGAACUACCAAACGUAGUUUGGUGGAAACUAAAAAAGUGGGCGAUGCACUUAAUGACGAGAAUAUUUGAACGAUACGGCAACACCACCAACAUUUCCAAGGAAUACAAGAAGUUGGGACAUUUCUUUUCCUCUCAAUUCGCAGUGCCAGUAUUAAACACUCUCUUAGUCUCACUUGCUGAAACCAACCAGGGCAACUUUAUGAGUCCCCGGGUACUCCAAAGAAUCCUCGACUACCUGAAGCUUAGCGUAACAGUGUCAGUAACGUGGAAAGUUCUUAAAACCUCAAUCUUGGAGGUUAUUCAAAAAGUAGUGUUCCCUUUGCUAUGUCACACUGACGAAGAUGAAGAGUUAUGGACAGAGGAUCCGUAUGAGUACAUCCGUAUGAAGUUCGAUAUAUUUGAGGACUAUGUCUCCCCCGUUACUGCUGCACUCAAUUUGCUGGAGGAAGUUGUGACGAAAAGAAAGAACAUGUUAAAUCCACUUUUGAUAUGGGCAGCUCAGAUCCUAGGAAUGCCCCCAGAACAAUACAACCCACGUGUAAAGGACGGAGCAAUGCAUCUGAUUGGAGCUGUAGCUGAGAAACUCCUCAAGAAAGCAGAAUACUCCUCCCAGCUAGAGCAGAUGCUUCAGGCCCACGUGUACGGGGACUUCAACAGUUCCCAUGGUUUCCUCCGAGCACGUGCGUGUUGGACUAUCCAGCGGUUUGCUGCUGCGAAAUUCAGUAACCGUGAUAACCUGAAGACUGCAUUUGAAGGAGUCAGAGUUUUGCUGUUGAAUGAUAAGGAACUUCCAGUUACGAUAGAAGCUUCCUUCGCUCUGCAGUCUUUACUGCAGAAACAACCAGCAACAAAAGACCUGCUGGCACCACACGUAGGUAAUGUUAUACAGAAACUGUUAGUCUCUAUAAAAGAGACUGAGAACGAGGAUCUCACCUACGUCAUGCAGGAAUUAAUAGAGAAGUACAGUGAGGAUAUACAUACUGUAGCUGUUCCCUUGGUUACAGAACUCGUCAAAACAUUCCAGGCAAUGUUGGAGGAACUGGCGGAAGCAGAAGACGAAGAUAACAGCAGCUACAAAACCAUGACAGCUAUGGGAAUACUUAACACGAUACAGAAUCUACUUUCUGCUGUCUCCCAGAACAAGAAGAUCAUGCCGAAAAUUGAGAACAUUCUCGCAGAGCUAAUAUCGACAGUACUAAAAGGUGGAAUAGUCGACUAUUACGAGGAGAUAUUUCAGAUGAUCCAGAUCUUGACAGCUCUUCGUGUAACAUCUGUGAUGUGGAACGUGCUCUUCCAAAUGUACGAAGCGUUUAAAAACGACGGUCACGACUACUUUCCAGACAUGAUGGGAGCUCUACAUAACUACGCAACUGUAGACUCCUCCAAAUUUUUAUCAAACCCUCAAUAUAUUGAGAUAAUGUACAAUAUUUCUAAAACGGUACUGAAGAAACAAGAGAGUGAAGAUCCACAGUACAAUGCAUUGAAGUUGGUGGAGGUUAUCAUUGUUAACCACAGAGGCAAGAUAGACCACAUGCUACACAUGUUCAUGUCCCUAGCGCUGGAUAAGCUCGCUCAAUCAGUCCAGACACAGGAACUUCGUGCCAUGGCACUUCUCGUCGUAGUUGCAGCUAUCUGGUAUAACCCGUUACUAGCAAUGCACCUGCUGGACAAGUACAAACUACCUAACAGUUCCGAGUCCGUGGUGGAACAGUUCUUUAACCAGCUUUUCAGUGAUGCUGAGGUCUUCAUUGGGAUACACGACAAGAAGGUAGCAGUACUGGGACUGUGUGAGCUGAUAAUGCACCCCUCAGCUCCUAAACCAUUCGACCAUUUAGCGGACAAGCUGAUACCGUACUUCAUAACACUACUCAAGAACCUGAGGGUGGCGUAUCAGUUGCGGAGGGAGGAGGAGAAUGAGGAGAGUGAGGGGGAGGAGGGGGAGGAGGCAGGAGAGGGGGAUGAGGAGUUGGAAUCAGAAGAUGAUGAGUGGGAUGACGAGGGCACAGAGUAUCUUACAAAACUAGAGGAGUUCGUUCCUGGAGACAUGUCAGGAAUGUUUGACUUGGAGCACCUGGAAUGUUUCGACACAAUCCUAGACGACGAGGAAACAUCACCAUGUGAGUUCACCACAUUCAAGAGAUUGUUGGAAUUCCUCAUGCAGAACGAGGGCGGGCAUGAAGUUCUCAUGAAGUGUGUGGAUGAUGAUCUUAAGAAGGAUAUGGAGAGUUUAAUUCAGUAUGCGGAUAGGGAAACUGAUCGGAAACGAAGUGAGAUGAUCGAAAAUCAGGGAGGCUAUAAUUUUGAGAACUCGUUCGAGGUCCCUUCUACGUUUAACUUUUAGGCAGCGUGAUUUAUAGCCUCAAGAUAAGCUUUAUUUUAAAAGUAAAUUUGACUUUGGCUGCAUUGAUGGUAUGAAAUGAUAGAAACGAUGUGGUAGGAUUUCCGUUUUUAGAAAAAAUAAAAAGCUGAGAUUGCUUUUCGAUCGGAUAUAACGAUGCUGAAUUUAUUUUAGGUAGUUGAAAGAUAGUCAAUCUGAUAAAAAACUUCAAAUUGAUUGAUUACCAAAUAUGGGGUUUUCCCGGCUGGAAGUCAGUUGAAUUAAUUUAUUUCUCAAGAGCUCUUUGAAUAAAUGCAUAAUUUUAAGGUUUUUAGACCAUUUUAGCAGCUUUUUAAAAUCGGCACUUAUGUGGCAACCGGCUACCUAAAUUAAUGGUAGCCGAAAUGUUUUUAUACCCUUUUGUUAUUUGUACUUGUAGUCUUCGAUGAUAAUUUAAAAUUCUACUUC